UACCACUUCGACUCGGUGUACACGUCGUACUCCACCCAGUGCGAGGUCUUCGAGACCGUCCGCCCGCUCGUCCACGAGGUGAUGCAGGGUUUCGAGGCGACAGUCUUUGCGUACGGCCAGACCGGCACGGGCAAGACACACACUAUGGAGGGGGAGAUCGUGUGCGAGGAGAAGAAGGGGAUCAUCCCGCGCGCGGUGGAGGCCAUCUUCGAGUCGCUGGGCGAGAAGGGGAAGUACGUCUCCUCCGCCGUCUCCGCCUCGUACCUCGAGAUUUACAACGAGGAGCUCUCGGACCUGCUCACCGAGGCGAGAGGCCGCGCGAGAUCGCGCGAGAUCGCGCGAGAUCGCGCGAGAUCGCGCGAGACCGGCGUCUACGCGCACAACCUCUCGGAGCACGAGGUCUGCUCGGCGGCUGACGUGCUCGGCCUGAUUGCGCGCGCGCAGGAGCGGCGGCGCGUCGGCGAGACGCGGAUGAACAAGCACUCGUCGCGCUCGCACUGCGUCUUCACGCUCACGGUGACGACGCGCGAGACCACAUCUGAGGGGAUGACGAUGGAGAGCACCGGCAAGCUCCACCUCGUCGACCUCGCCGGCUCAGAGUGCGCCAAGACGGCGGCCGGCAGCGCGGCGGGCGGCGGCAGCGGCGCGCACGCGGCGCACGACGCGCGCGAGCGCGAGCGGAAGAACAUCAACCAGUCGCUCCUCACGCUGGGGCGCGACGUUUUUCUUUUUCCCUCGCAGGCGCGCAUCCCGUACCGCGACUCGAAGCUGACGCGGCUGCUGCAGGAGUCGCUCGGAGGCCGGUGCAAGACUGUGGUCAUCGCGACGCUCUCGCCGUCGCAGCUGGCGGUGGAGGAGUCGGCGUCGACGCUC